UUAUUCUUUUUCAUCAUCAAAACCUUCCAUAGUUGUUCUUUGCAUAAUAGAGUACAUACUUUUUGAACACCAAAAGAAAAAAAAAACAUGGGUAGGAAGAUAUCUUCAUGUGAAGCGGCUGCUCGUCGAGCAUGGCGACUCCUCCGAUUAACCUUAAUAUGGGCUCAAAAAGGCGGUUUGUUAAAAUGUAGGCUCAUGGACGAGUUACGCCUUAUGCCUAAAUACCUUGUAGGUCAUCACAAGAAGUCUUUGGAUAUGAUCCGAUAUGGUGAACGUGAGCUCUCGUUUGACGAGACUCCUGUCCUACACCUUAGGAUGAGCCGACCUGCAUCGUUAAGGUUCAAGAUUCCGUGCAUUAAGCCAGAAGUGGCUGAUUUCGAUUACGAUUUUGGUAAUGAUGGUAAUGAUUAUGAUGAUGUAAGGUACGGGAAUUAUGGUGCAAGGAGAAGCUUUCUACGGAACAAUGUAGAUGAUUAUGAAGAUCGGAAUGAAAUUUGUGAAGAAGAAAUGGUGUAUGAAGAUGACGCAGGGAUCGACGUCAAGGCGGAGGAGUUCAUUGCCAACUUCUAUCAACAAAUGAAGAUGCAAAGACAAAUUUCAUUUCAACAAAGGCAAAAUGGGAUGCAGACAGCUUAAAAUUCAUGCUUUUAUAUUAUACUAUGUAUAAAUUUUUGGAUUUUUGUACGCUUUCCGGCAUUUUGUAAAUACCCGAGGCUUCAUAUUAUGAGAUUUUACCGUAAUACAAUUAUUAGCAUAUGGGUUUUGAGGUCAUCUCACCGAGAAAGUUUCUCCUCAGCAAAAUCCGUUUUUUCCGCA